AAUGGAUUACGGUUGGAAGAGCAUGAAGUGACCUCGGCUGGGCUGGGGACUAGCUAGUAGUUAAAAGAGAAACUAGCUGGUGGUUGAAAGAGAAAUUUUUAUUGCCCCAAGAUUCUUUGUUGCAAGAGUUUAGUAGGAUCAAUGCUUCAGUCGUUGGCAGUUCAGACUGAUCGAUCUUUCGUAAGGUGGACACCGAGGCAAUACCGCCACACGGACGCAAAUAAAGUUUGACAGCUUCUGCAGCUACAUCAGCCACAUAAUUUAUAGCCGACAGACUUCGUCAAGAGUAAAGAAAACAAAGGCAAAUAGGAAAGAAGAAGGACAAAUCGUCAGUCAUCGAUUGCAACAGUGCGUACUUCAUUGUGAAAACCAUGGCUGCAGAAUCGAACGCUACCAUGCCCAACGAUGACUAUGAUCCAUACGAUCCGGAUCUAUACGAGACAUCUGAGACAGCGGCAAGGAUCCUGCUGGGGUUGAGGUAUGCCGUGAGUAUCAGCUCUGGCGUAGCUGUACUUGAGAAUCUCCUGGUCAUUUUUGUGAUUAUAGGAACUAGGAAACUCCGAGUCAAGCACUAUGGCUUUGUCGUAAACCUAGCUUUAGGUGACCUGCUCUUUGCAGCUCUUGCUAUCGUGUUUCCAUGGUAUGAGCACCAUGCCAUUUUUGCACUGUUCAUGUCUUGCUAUGUCGUGUCUGUGUUGACUAUCCUGGCCGUGGCUAUCAACCGCCUUCUGGCUGUAUCUCUAAUGCCACCUUCUCGCUACGAUUCUCUGGUGACAGGCGGGCGUCUUUUUGUGGCCUGUGUCAUCAUUUGGGCUGUCUCACUGAUUCUCAAUCUAAUUUCGGUCAUGGCUAACGAUGACUUGGUCACUUUCUGGAUAUACGGUCUCAUCAGACCCAUGACCGUAUUCGUAAUCUGGCUCAUCACAGCAAUUCUGUAUUUCGUCGUGUACCGUAAAAUCGCGCGCUUUACUCCCUCCAGCGCCGAUGCUAAAACUGAGCCAGAUUCCGGGCAGAUAACAGUUCGUGUUAGCCAGACUCGCAAGGUGCUUAUUACUUUCAUCAUCAUCCUUCUUGUUUCUUUCGUUUGCUGGAUGCCGUACAGUAUUGUCCGGUUCAUUUCCUUUUUCGAUCCCAGCCAAUUUUUCUCGACCAAGUUCGACGUGGCUUAUUGGUUUGCUGGCUUGCUGUACUGCCUCUCUGCCAUGAUCAAUCCUGUGAUUUACUGGGGUAAACUGGAUGGGUUUAGAGAGUCCUUCAACGCUCUCUUCUGCUGCUGCUGCAGCAAACAGAGUGAACGCAAUUAUGCAGAUGACAAUGACAAAACUGAAUUCGAGCAAACGGUGGCAGAUGCAGUGUAGUUUGAUUAAGAUAAUAAACAUUGGCUGACUCGAAUCGCGAAGGGAAUGGACCACAAUACACCCAAUGUUUUCUCAAAAACAUCGUAAAGAUAAUGAAACUGUGAUUGUAUCAUAAUGUUAUAACGAAUAUUCAUGUUCUUCGUUCAUUCAUUUUCUCAAACAUGUACAUGUUGAACAUACAGAGAAGCCUUUUUCUGUGGUUCUGAAUGAAAAACCGCAGUUAUAAUUACCUAGUGUUGACUUUGUAAAUGUCCACAUUUUCACAUUUAUAGCGUUGUCACGUAAUUAAUAAGACGAUUAAGAAUAAUGACAUGGAAAGUUGUGUUGGGCAGAGCGUAUCUUUCAUAAACUGACUAUUUUUUUAAUAGGUGAUGUGACUUGUAUAGUAGGCUACUUCGAUUUCGACUGAAUGUAUCGCACCAUAAUAAUAUGACGUUAUGUGAUCGGCGUGGCUCUGUAAAUUUGGUGAUGGUUUUAAGUCCUUUUGGCGUUGUUUUUAUUAUCAUUAUUACAUGUAUUAUUAUUAUUACAUUAUUAUUGUUUUAUAAAUAUAACAUUAUACCAGUGUACCAUCAUUUCUGUAAAAUGGUUAACUGCGGGCAAUAGCUAUAUUUGUAUGUUUCUGUAAAUUUAAUUCGAUUUAUUUUAGUUAGAAUUCCAAUAUUUAUACUCCCUUAUUAAAAUGAUGUUUUGUAUCGAUACUUCCCAGAUUUGUAACACAUUUACAUUAGAUAUGAUUCUACUUGUUUUAAAUAUGAUACCUUAAUCUAUAGAAUAUUCCAUAUUUCCCCUUUAUAUUCGCUUAAUUGUACUUACAAACAAUUUGUAUAUUGUAUUCUUUCGCAAUUAUGUUUUACAGGGCCAGUGCUAAAUAAUCAAGGAUAUACUGUCUGUGCUUAAUUCGAGUUUCAUCCAGAAUUGUGUUUUUUUCCCUGAACUUGAUAGUGUUCUAGCAAUUUAACGUUCAUUCACUUUAGAAUGAGACCUCGACCACUUUGCAAAUUUGGAAUAGUUUGCCGAGCGACAACAAUUCAGCUGUCCUAGGUUUAGACUGGGUCCCAUCUGUGACCUCCCUAUCAGAAUCAUAAGAUAGAGACUUAUACAGUGGCACCAUGUGACAAAUCUCUUUUAUGAGUUGGUGAGGUUCUGAAAAGAACUGGGAAACGUCAACGUUUCGGACAGUAUGCUCUGCCCGUCAUCAGGAGACAGAAGAGAUUCGAACGGUGAAGGAGGUUAUGAAGUGUGACUUGAAGUAGAGAGGCGUGUGAAGGAUGCAGCAGUUGAGCAGAGGAUGAUGACUGAUCAGUGAAGCAUUUCACACUAUAACCAUCCUUCACCGUUGGAAUCCCUUUAGUCUCUUGACGACAGGCAGAGCAUACUGUCCAAAACGUUGGGUUUCCCCGGUUCUUUUCAGAACCUCACAAACUCAUAAAAAAGAUUUGUCACACGGUGCUACCGUAAAUCUCUAUUUUAUUGAUACCUUCACCAUGCAAACCUUCAAAUCUUAUCUGAGCAUUGAUAAUGACUCCUUUUCAGAGUAUUUCAGUCCCAAAGUUGAAAGGAAGUGUGGUUCUUUUUCGUUAAAGGGAAAAAAUGAAUUUGUUGAAAACACGGACAGUAGCCUAAACAUCUUAAGAAAUUAAUCACUGCUACCCUAGCAACACGGCCUCGUUGGAAUUUCUUAAAGUUUUCUAGAAACCUUAUCUUGUUUUGUUCUUGUCGGUUUUUCGGGAUUUUUUUUCUAGUCAAUAAAAAAAAAUGUACAUUGCCUAAUUUAAAUAGUUUUUAAUGAUUGAUAUUUAGAUAUAUUGUAAAAGAUAUUAUUAAUACUAAUACUUUUUAAACAAAACAAUGGGUUCUUUAUUCAAAUUUAAGGCUAGUUUGUCAAUAAUGAUAAAAGUGAAAUCUUUAUAAAUUGUUUAUGUAUAAAAAGUUGGUUUUGGGGGUAAAAGGUCAACUAUAAUGUAUAUGCAUAAUAAUGUGUUACAUUUUCCGUUCAUACCUAAAAGACUACACGCUUUCAUACAAAAAUAUCAAUUUUCUAUGUAGGGCUACGGCUCAAGGGACAUGGUGCACUCCCGCACGUACCACUCUUCCCCCAACCCAACACAAAGAUAAAAUCAGUAACAUGUUAUUGUUUUCCUGAAGUUAUAUCUGAUGGUCAAUAAAACUAGACAAUACGUUUUUGGAACAACA